UAAAAAUACAAAUUGAGGAGCGUCGUUGCCACCUCCUCACUAUCGUGUUGGCGCGUUGGCCGAUGUGUGGUUGUGCGUGCGCCGGCUGCCCCGUGUGUUUGUCAUCCAGCGUUGUCGUCGGCAACCGCCGCGAGGUGCAAAUUUUGCGCUGACCGCCAUGUCUGCCGGCCUUGGGGGAGGUGAGGAAAAAAUGUCCGGCAGCAACUACUCGAAGCGCAUGGACGAGCUGCGGCGGUCCUUCAAGCUCGGCAAAACCCGGCCCACCAGCUAUCGGGUCGAGCAGCUCAAGGCCAUGGACCGAUUCCUGGCCGACUACCACGACCGUUUUGUGGACGCCCUCAAGGAAGACCUCAACAAGAACAAGUUCGAAAGCAUUCUCUUUGAAAUUCAGUACACCCGCAAUGAGAUCAAGGGGACGCUAAUGGAGUUGGAGAAGUGGGUCAAGCCUGAAAAGGCACCCAAGAAUAUGAUGCUCAUCAUGGACCAGGCACUGAUACACAGUGAGCCGUACGGAGUUGCCCUGGUCAUUGGUGCCUGGAACUACCCGCUGCAGCUGACGCUGUGCCCCCUCAUUGGGGCCAUUGCAGCCGGCAACUGUGCUGUCGUCAAGCCGUCCGAGCAGGCACCGGCCACGGCCAAGCUUCUCCAGGAAAUGGUGCCCAAGUACCUGGAUCCAGAGUGCUUUGCCGUCAUUGUCGGAGGACCCAAGGAGUCGGCCGAGCUUCUGAACGAGAAGUUUGACUACAUCUUCUACACAGGCUCAACUCACGUGGGCAAGCUAAUCUACGCUGCCGCCCAGAGGCACCUCACACCAGUCACCCUCGAAUUGGGUGGCAAAAGCCCUGUGUAUGUGGACGAGGUGGUGGAUCUGCCGGUGGCGUGUCGUCGCCUAAUGUGGGGCAAGUACGUCAAUGCGGGCCAGACGUGCAUAGCACCCGACUAUGUGCUCUGCCACACAGCGGUGUAUGCUCAAUUUGUGGACACCUGCCAGAAGGUCAUCACAGAGUUCUACUCCGAGCAGCCCAAGGAGAGUGCUGACCUGGGCCGCAUCGUCAACACCAGCCAUUGCCGGAGGAUAGCCAAGCUUCUCGAGGGGCUGCCCGUCGCGUUUGGUGGAGACGUGGACGUGGACAGCAAGUAUGUAGCCCCCACCUUGAUCACUGAAGUGAAGCCCACCGAUCCGGUCAUGCAGGAGGAGAUAUUUGGUCCAGUGCUGCCCAUCCUGCGGGUCAACAGCGCAGACGAAGCAAUCGAGUUCAUCAACCAGAGGGAGAAGCCGCUAACAUUGUAUGUGUUUGCAUCACGGCAGAAAGUGAUUGACCACUUCAUGUACGAAACUACCAGUGGAAGCAUGUGUGCCAACGACACCCUGGUUCAUCUGUCUGUGGACACCCUGCCCUUUGGUGGGGUCGGCCAAAGCGGCAUGGGUCGCUACCACGGCAAGUACUCUUUCGACACCUUCUCCAACAAGAAGGCGGUGCUGGUGCGUUCCUUCAACCCCAUUGGAGAGGCAUUUGGUCGCAAGCGUUACCCUCCGCUGGAUGACUCCAAGAUUGCCUACUUCCGGCAGCUGCUGCUCAAGCGAGGCUCUCCCUUUGGCAGUGGGCUGCUCAGUUGUGCCCCUUAUUUGUGCGUCUUCGUUCUGGGCGUUGCCUCAGCCUUUUUGCUUCGAUAUCUGUUUCACGGUGGCAACAAGCUGCCGCAGAGGCGUCACUGAGACCAGAGUUUACUUUGAGCACAAGCAGUGACUGCAAGAUGCUGGGCACUGAAAUUUGAAAACAACCCAAGGGUACCAACAUUCCUGCAGUGGAGAAUUCUAUUCCUUUUUUUUUUCAUAGAAACCUACUUUUACUUCAUGUGAGGGAGAAGACAGCAAGUCCUACUAAUUUCCACUGUUGGUUAAAGAAUGAGAUGCCCAAGAUUUCGAUAAUGUCUGAGGAAACGUCUUCUUGGAGGAAAAACGAGUUAGUCUUCACUGUCACUCUCGUAGUGUUUUUCUUCUAUGAAACGACUAACUGCAAUGUUGCGAAUGAUGGUAAGCACCUCCUAAGCUGCAACAAUGGGCUGAUGCAUUGCUGUGCUCCAGACUUUCAGGAAUUGGUCCACACGCAUCCACUGAAAGCACCGGGAGAACAAGUGUGUCAUAGAAGUUGCAGAAAAACAGCAGAUUUUUCAAAAUAUAUUAGAAAGCAGUCUUAAAAAUUUUUUCGUUGUAUUAAUGCUUGACUGCAUUUUAUAAAUCAUGUGACUGCACUUGAUACCACCUAUGCACAGUGCUAGCAAUAAUGUUGUGUUUGAAUGAUAUUUUGAAAGCUCUGUUAUCAAUAAAACCUCAGUUUUUUUUAUUAGGGUGUGAUGACAAUGUUAUACGUCCAACCAGUGCAUAUUCUGAGUGUGUAUAUGCAGGGGAAAAUGCUCAAGUACAAUCUGGGCAAGGCCUGCUGUUCAUGCUUGAGAGAGAGAGACCAUUUUUUGGUCAAAUAAAUCGUCCUACAAACGU